AUGAUGUGCCUGGCGCCGGGCGCCCCGCGAACUGCAGCAUCAUUGGCCUCGACGCCGGGAAGAAGCGCGCUAUGCGCCCUGGCGAUUCUCCCUACGAGCGCCCCUUUGCAGGCGAGGGGUGGCGCCGCGUGGACAAACGGCCAGGGCGGACGCAAUCGCGCAGGGUCUGGGCCGCGGUGCAGCGGCUGUUUAUGCUCGAGGUUCAGCCCGACGAACUGACGGGGAUCCCAGUGCACAUCACCCCCUACCUCGUGGCCUGCCGCGCUACCCCGGCAGCUGACAAGGCCAGCGUCAAGACCGCAGUGCAGCUGAUGGAUGUAGGGGGUUGCCUGAGAGCACGUGCUGCAGCCGCCCUCAAUCUUCGCGUUCCUGACCCCGGCGGGUGCCCGGCAGCCUCGGGCGGUGCGCCCCUAGGAGACGCGGAGACCAAGACCGUGGCGGCGUUGGUCGACCUCUGGGUGGUCUGCGCGCCGCAGAACCGCUCUGUCGGGCUGUUCUCAGGCUCCAACAAAGGUGCUGACAUGCCCGCGAAGCCGGCCAAUCCAGACAAGGACGCCAACUUCGCUGCCCGUGACCCAACCCAAACCGAGCGCAACAGGAAGAACAAUGACAUGGCUCUCAGCGACAUAGGCCCCAAGGCCGUCACCCGUGAGAGGAGGCAAACACAUGCCAGCGCCCGGCUUGUGUUGGCCGCGCUCGAACUGGGUGCGGAACUCGCCAACCCCGACAACCUGAGGCCGCAGAUGGCCAGCUUAGACGAGGCCGGGCGGUCCACCGAGCCCCUGGCAGCCAUCCCCCG